UCAAAAUGACGUGAAAAAUCAUAAUUUUUACAAAAAUGGGUAUUGUUAUUCCAGGAAUAUUUAUCCUCUCAUUUUUCGCCCCAGGUUUGAGUAUACGGUGCUACGAGUGCACAUCAAGGAAUCAUUCUAAUAUUCAUUGUGAGGACCCAAUGAGCCCAGCUUUGAGUAACUACGAGCAGAACUGCAUGGUGCCAAAGGAGGGGCAUAUGGGAAACUUUCCAGCAAACUUCUGCGUCAAGGUCUAUGGAACUUCAGCUCGGACUGGAGAGUUUCUUAUGAUCCGUCGGUGUGCCCUGGAGGACAUGAACUCACAGUGCGGUAGAUACAAAUUCCAGAAUGACACGUAUGAGAGUGGAUGCAUUCUAACUUGCAAACAUGAUGGAUGCAACUCAGGAAUAUCCCUCGGCUCUACCGGCGCCUUGUUCUUCAUCUUGCCAUUACUGAAUAUACACCACAGAGUUGACUGAAGAUUGAAAAU